CUUCCGGCCGAACCAAGACCAGUCCCCUGUCUCUUUCUCUUUCUCUCUCUAAAAUUGCUUGUUUAAGGCGGGCAGUCAGUCAAGUCUAUCUUGGGGUCUUCAAUUCCUUUUACCGGGGGGAGCUUUUCCUCUUUCAUAUAUAUAUUCACAUCUUCAAUUUCUUUGAAUCUCCUUCUUUGUGUACUACACGGUCAUUCAUCUAUGGCUGGUCGCUAUGAUCGAAAUCCGUUCGAGGAAGAAGACGUUAAUCCAUUUUCUCAAGAAGCAUCCGGUAAGGCAAAAGGAUCAAAAGCAACAGGGCAGUCUAAUUUCAGUGGAGGUGCAUUUUAUACAACAAAUACGGCCACAAACUCAAGGCUUUCCCCUCUUCCUCCUGAACCUGUGGACUUCAACUAUGAUCGUAAUGCUACAGUUGAUAUUCCUCUUGGCGCAUCUACAGAUCUGAAAAAGAAAGAGAGGGAACUACAAGCCAAAGAUACAGAACUAAGGAAGAGAGAACAGGAAUUGAAGCGGAGAGAGGACGCUGCUGCGAGAGCUGGCAUUGUUAUAGAGGAGAAAAAUUGGCCGCCAUUUUUCCCAAUCAUACACCAUGAUAUUGCAAAUGAAAUACCAAUCCAUCUACAGAGGUUGUGUUAUAUUGCUUUUACGACACUGCUGGGACUGGUCUUAUGUCUCUUCUGGAAUGUAAUAGCUGUGACUGUUGCAUGGAUUAAAAUUGACGGUGUAAAGAUCUGGUUUCUUGCUGUUAUAUACUUCAUAUCAGGAGUUCCAUUAGCCUACGUUCUGUGGUAUCGGCCACUAUACCGUGCUUUUAGGAAUGAAAGUGCCCUGAGGUUCGGGUGGUUUUUCCUCAUUUAUAUGAUUCAUAUUAUUUUCUGCAUAUUCGCUGCGAUUGCACCUCCGAUAUUUUUCAGAGGAAAAUCGCUUACUGGUAUUCUGCCUGCUGUGGAUGUGAUAAGUAAAAAUGCUUUGGUUGGGAUAUUUUACUUCAUUGGGUUCGGGUUGUUUUGUCUUGAAGCGGUUCUGAGUGUCUAUGUUAUCCAGCAAGUAUACACGUACUUCAGAGGAAGUGGGAAAGCUGCGGAAUUGAAACGAGAGGCUGCAAGGGGAGCACUAAGAGCUGCAGUAUGAUCAGGUACUGUGUUGUAUCUGAUGAUAUUGAUGUAGAUUUGUAUUUUGGUUUAUUCGUGUUUUCAGUCAGUGAAUGAAACAUUAUUAAAUGCUAAGAACCACGUAUUGUAGAUAAGUAGAAUGAGUUUGUGAUAUAACUGAUAGUCAAUCUCCUAUUUGUCUGUAUAUUAGUUGUUUCUAUGAGAUAAUAUUAUUUGAGUGUUAUUAAUAUGUCAAACUUGAAAUCUAGAA